CGUCAGGUGGCAGUUCUCUUGACAGUGGAAUAAAAAUGUUCAAUGAAAAUUCAACAUUAUAUGGUUUUGGAAAAGACGAAAGUUGUCGAAGCAACUCAAAGUUUCCUGUUGCAAAAACAGUUGAAUGUGCCAUCGCAGUUCAGCCCGCAAUGACGUUUCCAUUCAAAAAGCUCAAAAUCAAAUGGAACGGGUUUCACCGCGGUCCUGGUCUUUCUGAGCGCAUAAUAGCACGCGGCUAAUAGCUGCGGACUAUAUAGCGCCGCGAACAUCGUAAACUCCGCGACGACGAGGGCCGUGAGUGUCGUUCCGUUUGCUUGUAAGCAUCUAAACUGUGAAAACCGAAUUUUGAGGAGGCAAUUGUUUGGGAAAUACUUUAUGUAAUUGUACGGAAUGUAAUUUAAUGGAGAAUUCUCUUUGUUUCUCAGCUGAUUUGACAUUUUGUCUCAAUGUUCUUGUAGUAGCGGCGUGGUUGUCGCAAGCGAAGUGCGGUCGAAAUUCUGACGUAGCGAAUAGCAAUCGCGGUUAGGCGCAAAUAUUUAAUGAACACUUGCCCAGGCUUGCGAGCGCUAAGUGUCCGCAGCAAAUGUCGCAGUUGUUUCCAUUUGCAGUUGUCAGAUGUGACAGCUUAUUGUUGGUCAUAUUUUGUGUUAAGCUUAAGAGGAAUUUCUAGUGGCGCACGUAAAUUGAAAUCGACGCUAUUUAAAUUAUAUCCAUCGAUAAGUUUGUUUAGAUACCGUACGGUGUUGUUGUCUGUAAUUUAGGUGCAAUAGCUAUAUUUAGAACAGUGUUUUCACAGUGAAGAGACGUGCAUAAUUUGCUGUUGCUGCGUUAAGUGAAUGUCGGAGGAAUUGGUUUACUGUUUCGAACCUAAAAUAAAGUUGGUCGCGAGCUGGUUUUGUUAAACAGAAUCGGAGCUUCCUAUUGGUGAUUUUAGUGAACUGCUUGGACGAAAGUUGAAUGCGCGAUUAUAUUUAGGCACGCUGUCGCCAUUAAUGAUGUGAUUGUCAAAGUUUGUUUACGGAUCCCACUUUUGGAUGUCUUCUGUGUUGUAUGCAACGAAUUCAUCAUUGUAUUAGGAAUGGCACAGUUUUAAAGCUAAUGUAGCGCGAAGUGGACCAUUUUCGGCUUGGGUACGUUCUUAUAUGCAACUCACAACGGCUGUAAAAUAGUUUUUCGCAUAAACCGAAUUUCAAUAUGGAAAAGGAAACAUUUGUUCUAGUUGACAAUGUGCCAACUAAAAAAGCAAUUGAUGGUUCGAUAAUCAUGGAGAGUUCAAAUUAUUUUAACUUGACUGAACUAGAAGUAUGUGGCGGCGAUAAGGAAAUUUCGAAAAACAGUCAAAAAAAAACAUAUCCAACGGUUCGAUGCACAACCGAUAUUUUUUGCUGGCUGAAAUGUGUGUAUGAAAGCGUAAGGCUGAAAGUAAAAAUUGAAAAUCCUGAAAAAGCGACUUUGCCCAUAAUGAAGCAAUAUCUUAAAUUCAUUCGAGAUGAUGUUCCGAGCUGCACUCGAUUUCCAAAUAGAUGUUACAUCUUAUCAAGAAAUGUUACGAGAACGUUAUUACUUUUUAAAGGCUUAAACAGAAAUUUUACGGAUACACAUGAAUAUCUUUCCCAGCUAAGUGAACUUCUUACUAUCUAUACAACUUUGGAAUUAAUAUAUUCUACUAAGUUCGAGGAAUCUAAGAUAGCAGUGGCAAACAGAAUAUCUUUAAACUAUGAUGUCCACUUAAAAGAAUUCGACCAGAUAUAUAUCAUUAAAAUUUUAAUAUCAAUUAAGAAUUUUUACCAACAGAAAGAAGUUAUGCGAAAGUUAUUUGAGAAAUAUCUUAAACGGAAAUGCGUAUGCGCUUCACAAAAAGAGCUGCCUGAUAAAAUCUUUGUAAUGUACCUGAUAGCUUAUAAGUAUUGGAUAUCGCUUGAAGAUGAUCUAGAUGAAAAAUCUAAAAUAGAAGACAUUGCAAAUGCAUUUAUGAGACCAAGCACUACAUUAAGGAGAAACUAUCUUUAUGCUCCUUACAUUCCUGCUUAUAAAGUGACAAACCAGAAUGCGACCAAAUGUAUUUUAUCGCAAAGCUUCAACCUUCUAUCCCUUACAAAGGCUGUUGAGAAUGAUGAACAACGGACCGGUAGAAGCCCAAGUCGGGAUAUUAUCGACCUGUCAGUGUGCUGCGAUGAUAACCAUUUGGAUCUAACCCAAAAUGAGUCCUCGGAAGUGGUUGCGUUUCCAAAAGUGAAAUUAGAGCGUCCGGAAAUAAUCGCAACCGUUGACCUUACUACCUGUAAAUGGGACCAUGAUUUAAAUUGGUUAGAUACACUUAUUGGGAAAGUAAGGUCUUUAUGUUCCGUAAGCAGCUGUAUGAAUAUUGUCGAAAUUAUUGACCUUGAUAAUGAUACUACCGAAAAUAUACAUGACCCGGAAGUUUCCAACACAAAUGAUAAUUGUACGGAAACUGCUAGCAUUGAAAAAAGCGCUAACAAUAUGUCGAAGUUAAAUAAUUUGAGUCCUAAUGAUUUAGAAACAGGAAUGGAUUCCCCAUUUGGUAUAAAUAAGAUGAACAAGGACAACGAAUCUACUGAAAUAGUAUCUUUCGCUGCUGAGGUAGUAAAUUCAACUUCCUUUUUACGGCAGAAUGUGAAUUUGUCAACAAAAUCAACUGAACAUAUAAAUGAAUCACCAUUAAAUGCUGAUGAUAAUUUGAGACCAGAAAUAGAUAUUCGAUCCCAUACUGAGAAAAUUAUUUGGAGCCAACCAGUACCAAAAGCUAGUAAAUCAGAUGACAUUCAAGAUGAAGCAAACGAUCAGGGAGCAGAUAUGUCGUGUCUUGUUAAUUGUGGUGCGAGCGAUCAGUUAGUGUCUAGUGUGCGUAUUCCUGCAAAUGAAGUGAAAGAAGAUGAAACAAAUCAAAAUGUUGAUCCCGAGAGUAGCCAGUUGGAAAUUAUUAAGCCAUCCAAUCGGGAAUGUAAUUCUGAGGCGGAUUCAUCUGAUCCGUCUGAGCGUGGUGACGUGCAUAAUUUCGCUUUAUCAGACGUAGGAAAGGACGACUUGGUGAAAAAUGUUGUAGAACAACAAAAGAUGACUAAGGAGUUUUGUGCUGAUUUAAUACUAUCUAAUGAGAAAAACAGGAAUAUGGCCGCUAAUCACAAAGUAACUGAUACCCUUGGGACAAACACGAUGAAAGAUUUGAAGAAAAACAAUUCCAUUGUUGACGGAGAAAAUAAGGUAUUGGAUAACGGAAAACAAAACCCUAUCAGUGAAGGUUGUAAUGUUCUCGAAGAUUCGGUGAAUUCGGAGACGAAAGGUGAACCUUCUUGUGAAGUUUAUGAAGAAAGUCCAAACGUGUUGAGUUUCGAGCCGUUCAACAUUGAUGACAGAAAAAUUUCAAUAAAUUCUACAGGAUUGAAUAUAAAAACGUACUCCAAUCGUCAUAAGAAACUUCCGAAAAAUAAGUUAUCUACUGUAGACACUACCAUAGGAGGUGCACACAGUGGUGAAGAGAAAAGUAGUGGUAACCCUUGUGACAUUUCAAAGAGUGAAUAUUCAAAUGAAUUACUGCACUUUUCUAAUGAAUUGAAUUCAAAUUCGGUUGAGUAUCAGAAAAGUGGUGGAGGUGUGGAAACAUAUGAAAGCGCAGAGUCGCAAAAGGAUCUAUUUACGGAUAUUGCCGCAAAAAAAGCGGAUAUCGACGUUUUACAGGACUCACUCACUAGCUUAGGAAAUAUAGAUGAUUGCAGUUUACAAAACUUGUUGGAUGACGAGGAUGAUAAUAUCAUCAAAGAUAUUGCAAAAAAACUAACAGUAAAUUCAAAGAGGGGGCAGGUGAAGAAAAAAAAGGACGAGGCACAUAAUAUGAACAAAAGGAAAAAUCUGCCACAUUCUGAAAACACUUUACUAGAUUUACCGAUAUUUUCAUCUUCAUCAGAAGAAAAUGAUGACUCGGGGGAUUCAAAUAUAUUGAGCAUAUUAGACGACAGUGAUAACACCGAAGAAGAAAGCGUUAAUAUAAUAUCGAGUCAUGAGAACCAAGACGAUACUCCUGUACAAAAAAUCUUACCUAAAAUGGAAUUGAGUGGCACAAAAGGUUCACAAAAUGGCAAUAUAAUAUUUAGAGUGAUUCCUAAGCCUUUUGACAAGAAGAAAAAUAUAGAUAGUACCUGGCUGGACCCUACACUUGAUUUUGAGGAAAAUUUCGUGAAUACAAAUCAACAUGAAAUAACUUCACCACCAAUGGAACAAUUUACCAAAUCAGAUAAAACUCUUUUCAAAACAUAUUUAGAUAAAGCAAACGAUACAUUAUGUGGAAAGUUGGAUGAAAAGAACAGAAAUGAACCCGUACCAUCAUCGCAAGAAAUUGUUGGCAGCAAUAUAAAGCAGAAAGCAGAUGCAAAUGUAAAUGUUCCUUUAACAUUUGUAAAUAUAAGUGAAACUCCAAGCGUACCUUACAAUCAAAGACGAAAGACUGUGUCCUUUUUGGGUAUCCAGCCAGAAGCAAAUCAGAAAGAGAAACAUUUCUUUAAAACGCCUGGGGAUUUGACUCAAAGCACUUUUCAACAAUCAAGUUUACCGGGGAAAGAAUGUUGGACGGCAGCAAUCAACACAUAUCGUUCCAAUAGUCAACUAAAUAUGAAAUCGACAGCACCAUCAUCUUCCAAGGACAACGUUACACCAAUCAACUUAAAUUCGAAAUCAUCGUCAUCAUUCGCAACUGACCCAGGUGGAAAUCAAAAUUAUGGGUACAUAGACGAAAAACUAUUUAAAGCACGUGUAUGGAUUCAACGUAUGGAUAACGAAUCAUUGCUGCUACGGUAUCUUAACAAUCGGGGACGAAACGAUAGGAUAAAAAAGAAUGAUUUCGUAAGAAGGCAUGUUAGUGAUUUCGAUAAAUACUUACAACAGAAGAGAACUGGCUCCCACAAACGGAAUAAAAGCAAAAGAUCAUUUUAUUCACGGACUUCAGUUUCUAGUAGCAAAAGUACAAAUUGCAAAAAAGAAAUUGACAUCAAAUUAUCCAAAAAAUCAGUUGUUUUGUUGACUGAUAUAGCAAAAGACCCAGAGUACGGAAGCUACUUUCAAACAUUAGGGAACUCCAAAAAAAUUAUACCCAAUAUGUUAAGGAAAUCAAAUGACACACAGAAAAAAAGUGGAAGGGCGUCUGCAAAGUGUUUAGUAAGCGGGAAUCAACGCGGCGCCUUCAGUGUGCUAAUACAAAAACAGGAUUAUGCAAGUCAAUUUAGAAAAAGAACUUCUACAGAUUCUCCGGAAAUUGUUAUUAAUAUAUUUAACAACUUAAAAUCGAAUAGCAAAAUGUCGGAUAAAAGUGCAAUCAGUAAAUCAAAAAGAAGGCGUUGUGAUGGCCAUAAUUUUAAUCUAGAGAGGAACUCAGAAAUGAAUAAACUAUCUAUAGAUGAAUUACGCUUUGAUGACGUCACAAGUUCCGUGAGUCCACACUUUUAUUCACAUUCAAGUAUUGAUACCGGUCAAAGAAAUAAUUUACUUAGAGAAGAUGCACAAAAUAAUACAAAUAAAUUCCGCGACCUUGGAUAUUGUAUAAAUUCAUAUUCCAGAUCAGUUAAAAAUGAUAAAAACGAUACUUCUCAUGAUCAUAUGAAACGUUUCGGACAAGACAAGUCUGUUGUUCAUAACCGUCUGCGAAAGAAAUUUUUCAUUACCAACAUAGCGAAGUUAGAGAAUUCACAUUUUAGAAACGAAGAUGAUGGUGGCGACAAUCAAGUCACAUCUACCCAGGAUAAUAUUCCCCUUGCUUCGACUACUGUUGGCGCUUCUAAAGCACCUAUAACAGAAGUUGACAUACAAAAUGAUCACAUAGAUACUACCUUAGAAGAGUCUAAAUCAGUUGGAAUUAUAGGCUUUAAGGGUAGUGGAGGAGAAUUAUUCCCGCAACAGAAAAACCAAACUGCCGAUUAUAAUGAGAAGAAAAUAACCACGCCUUCAUCAAAGCUUGAUGCAUGUGACCUUCCAUCUACAACUACAAAUAUAGAUUUUUGUAACAAAAAUCACGAUAAUAUAUCUGAAACGGAAAAUGCUGUUGUUACCACAAAGAAAGCUGAAGAUAGUAAAAGAAUUAAUACAAAAGAUGACAGUACUUCAAUUAGCAGCAGGAUAUCAUCCUUUAGUAGGGAAUCUGAUCACGAGCCUCUUACGAAUAUUCGAAAACGUUUGAAUGAUUCUACUAAUGUUGCUGUCGUAGGAUCACUGAAUAAAUUCAAUCUCAUGGACUCGACUAAAACGUACUCUAAUGUAGAUUCCAUCAAAACUGUAUUUGUUCCACCAGACAUUGAAAAAAUUAUUGAAGCAGAAGAUAGCCUUUUGCAUUGAUGCUCAUAUACAUGUUGUAUAUUCUCGUUGUUUUUACUUCUAAGUUCCGUUAUAAAAUUAUAAAUGUUUUUGCAUUGUAAUGAAUAAGAUUCGUGAUAUGGCGAAA